AUGUUCAGUAUAGAAGACCACAUCUUUCUGACCGUAACGACUGCAGAAUUCAUCAUAGGAAUGUUCGUGAAUGGAUACAUUGGACUAGUAAUAUAUAUUGAUUGGAUUAAGAAGAAAAAGAUCUCCACAACUGACUACAUCCUCUCCAAUUUAGCUCACUCCAGAAUUUGUUUGCUUUGUGUAAUGACACUCAACGGCACCACACUGGCACUCUACCCAGGUGUUUAUGAAAAUGAGAAAAUGAAGGUAGUUCUUAAUAUCUUCUGGACAUUCAGCAACUGCUUACGUAUGCAGUUUGCCACCUGCCUCAGUGUCCUCUGUCUCUUCAAGAUAGCCAAUUUCUUCCACCGACUUUUUCUCUGGCUGAAGUGGAGACUCAAGAGGGUGUUUCACUGGAGCCUGCUGGGGUCCCUGGCCAUUUCCAUGUUGAUCAGCCUAAUACAAGCAACAUUAACAAAUUCUGAUUACGAAUUUCUCAAAAGAAAACAUAAAAGAAACGUCACCGAAUUGUUCCAUGUGAGUAAAAUUCAAUACUUCAAUCCACUGACACUGUUUAACUUGUCAGCAAUUAUUCCAUUUACUGUGUCAUUGAUCUCAUUUUUCUUUUUAAUUACAUCCCUAUGGAGACACAGCAAACAAGUGAAAUCCAGUGUAACAGGCGCCACAGACUCCAGCACAGAGGCCCACGUGGAUGCCAUGAAAACCGUGACCUCAUUUCUUUUCUUCCUUUUUGUAUACUACCUGGCCUCUCUUUUGGCAACAUUUAGCUACUUUAUGAAAGAAAGCAAGUUAGCUAUGAUGUCUAGAGAGAUUAUAGCAAUUCUUUAUCCCUUAGGUCACUCACUGUUUUUAAUUGUUGGAAAUAACAAGCUGAGGCUGGCAGCUGUCGGGAUGCUGAGAUGUGGGAAAACAGUCUGCAUGAUGUAA